CACCAACAGAACCCCUUUGUUACGCUUUACGAAUCAACGUUUUAUACCCCCAACGACCCAACUGACGCGCUUUACGACCACAAUUCGCUUUGCCACUGCAAUUUCCAGCCAUAUACCCAUCGAUAGACACAUCGUACCAAGCGCGAUCGUAGUAGCAUUUGUCACCACAUACUAUUGUUAUCAUACCUAUACCAGCUAUACAAAUAAUAAUUUGAUUUAUCGGCGACGCUACAUACACCAUAAAGAUGGCAGACUCAAUAGACCGGGUGUUUGUUCAUGCCCUCAACACCGUAAAAAAGAUACCCAAAACUGGCGCCGCCCGCCCGCCUCCCGGCGACCGCAUGCGACUCUAUGGUCUCUACAAGCAAGCCAUGGAGGGCGACGUCGACGGGGUGAUGGAGCGGCCCAGCGCCGCGACGGCCUACGGGGCCGCACCCGAAGACAUUGCGCGCGAGCAGGACAAGUGGGACGCGUGGAACUCGCAAAAGGGGCUGUCGCGCACCGAGGCCAAGCGGCGCUACGUCGAGGCGCUGAUCGAGACGAUGCAUCGAUAUGCCAACAACACGCCCAACGCGCUCGAAUUGGUUGCUGAGCUCGAGUUUGUGUGGAAUCAGGUCAAGAAUAAUAGCCCCAGCGAGCAGUCGCUUGCUGGUGGCGGGCUUCAGCAGCAGCAGCAACAUCCACAGUAUAAUAAUGGAGGGAACGGAGGUAAUUAUGGGUAUGGCAGUGUUGGUCCAUACGGCCAAAGCCCAGGAACGGGUGUGAGAAGGUUCCAGCACCCGCUGAGCGGGGCGGAAGGAGGGCUGAGAGUGUUGAGUCCAAUGAGCGAGGAGGACGAGUCGGAAAGGAGGGUGAGGGAGGAGGCGGAGCAGGAACUCUUGGGUGGCGAUGAGUUUCCGGGCGAGUAUGCGAAGCGCAACGACAAACGAACUAAGAGGAUGGAGAGAGUGAUCGUGAGGCUGUCGGCCGAGAUCGCGGCGCUGAGGGAGCAAAUCUCCUCGGGAAGGGAGUGGAAGACGCGCAAGGAAAAGAGCUUCACCAACUGGCUUGGAUGGUGGUUUUGGGUGCUCGUGAAGCACUUUGUCAUUGACCUGUUCAUCCUGGUGGUGCUGCUGAUCUGGAUGCGCAAGAGAAAGGAUAGAAGGUUGGAGGAUUAUGUGAGGGGAACAUUGAAGCUGGCGAGGGAAUAUGCAAGAAUGAUCUUGCCAUCCCGGUGAGGUCUACAAAGCAGUAAAAGAGCGGGAACUUGAGCAGUAUCCGCCGUGG